AUGGUAUCAGAGCAUGAGAUAGAGGGAUCCAAUUCUGAAAAUACAGAUCCUUCCCCAAAUACAAAUCAAAACCAAAACCAACAGCAAACUGGUGGAAGCAACACGUCAAUUUUCCCCCAUGAUCCAGCCCAUCCUAGCAGUCCCUACUUCAUUGGCAGUAAUGAUGGAAGUGCUACUGUACUGGUCAGCCAUGUUUUAGACUCUACCGACUACUAUUCCUGGGCUCGAUCGAUGAAGAGGGCCUUGCGGAUUAAGAACAAGCUUGGCUUUAUCGAUGGUACCCCCUGCGAGCCCAAAGAUCAGAAUAACCCAUUGAUGGAACAUUGGUUAAGGUGUAACGAUAUUGUCAUAAGCUGGAUGCAAAAUGCCAUGGAAACAGACAUCAAAAGCAGCACCAUCUAUGCUGAAACUGCUCAUCUCCUUUGGCUGGAUCUGGAGCAACGAUUCUCACAACAGAAUGCUCCACGAAUUUUCAAAGUUAAAAAGGACAUCACCACCUUGAUACAAAACCAAGAUUCUGUAAGUGUAUACUUCUCCAAACUCAAAAUUCUGCUUGAUGAACUGAUGAAUUAUGAGAGCAUACCUAACUGCACAUGUGGGGGAUUGAAUGUUGUAGUUCAAAAUCAGCAAAGAGACUGUGUUAUGAAGUUUUUGAUGGGAUUGAAUGAAACUUAUAAGGAAAUUAAGGCUCAAAUUCUGCUAAUCAAACCUUUUCCUAACUUAAAUGAGGUAUAUUCCUUAGUCCAGCAAGAAGAGAAAAGAAGGGAAAUAUCUAAUCCAGCUCCUACAAAUGCUGAUUCCAUGGCACUUCUCAGUAGAAGGAAUUUCAGAGAAAGAAAUGGCUAG